GCGUGCACAGCUCUCUCGCUAGGUAUCUUGCAAAAGAGAUUAAGUGAGAGUCACCUAAACUACAAUCUACACUGAUCUUAAUUGCACAUUUUUCGUCCUUAAUUUUUUCUUUUGCAAAACUUCGAAACAUUAAUUUUUCAAGUUUAAUUUCUUCUUGAAAUUGACCAUCCCCCUACAUGUAUUUCUACAGCUUGCCUUACGCUUAUUUAUACCCCCCAGCUCCUUUGCCGAUUCAGUAUCGUUGUCAGUAGCAACUACACUUGCUUUCAAUACAAAUUGAACAAAUUCAAAACAAAUUGACAACGAACGUAUUUCAACAAUACAAAUGCUUGUACGUCAUUUGUACACACGUCGUUUAAAGUAAUUUUUAAGAAUGACUGAUAUUCCGAGAAGUCUACGAAACGAAACUAAAUGCAAAUUUGAAACGCUUCUGAAAACUGCUUUGAAUUCUAGAUCAAAUCUAAGCCCUAAAUCGACUCGAACAUUCCUUACGGUUAGUGAAAAUGAAUCCUUAAGCAGUUUCAAUAAUGAUGUUGAGAAAGAAUAUGGUACAACUCAAGUGGAAGCUGAUAUCCACUUUAGGAAAGAGGGCGAAGAAAAUUUCAUUUUAAACAAAUUUCUCAGAGAAAAUGAUGACAAUAUUACCUUCUUUGCAGAGAAUAAGACAACUUCUCCCAUCAUACCCACGCCAAAGCCUCGUAAGAAAUGGAUAAAACCUUGUUCAACGGAUUCGCCAAAAUUUCAAGCAACUGCAAAUGCACCGUUGGAAUAUUUUACAACUAGUGAAAGACAAGGUAGUAGUUUAAGUAGCGUUCAAACGUAUAUUAUAUCGAAUAAUCAUGAGGAACAAGUAACCAAUGGAAGAUCCGGAAGUAUAUCUAGUGAGGUAAUAAUUCGAUCCUCCUCAAAAAGCAAAUCAAAAUCUUCAUCGCUCCAUAAACAUUCUGAUUCAUCUCCAACUAAUAAAAAACCAUUUGACGACAAAAGUAUCGAAUUAUGCACUACUAUUGGCAACUCGUAUAGUAAAGUAUACGAUAUGGAGAUUAAACCAGUAGAAAACCAUAUGUUAACUGAUAAUGAUGAAUUCAAAAAAUCAAAGCAUCAAAAGUCGUCACUCCCAAGAAAUCACGGGGUAACAGUUUCAAAAAAUUUGUAUCUUUAUGAAGCAGACAAAAAAAACUUUACUAACACGAACGUUUCUCUUGAAUCGUCUAGGAAUAGUUAUUGCAGUACAAGCUUAUCAGAAAAAAGUGAUGGUGGAAACGAAAAAAAAAAGUGCGAUAACAAUGAAAAUGUUUCUUUGGAAGAGAAAGUUAGUGAAACGCAUAAGGAAAACUUUCAAUCCACUGACAAAUUGUCAAAAACCGCUUCGAUUAUCGAAAUCGUUAUUCAUAAGGUUGAUAAAUUAAAACUUGAGUCGUUUGCCAUUCGACCUGCUGUCAAAGUUCAUAUUGUUAAUGAAAAUACAGGAGAAUAUUUACGAAUGUCCGAUAUAAAUAAACCUGUUGUUUCUUCUAAAAAUAAUAUUAUUUAUAUUGAACCAAUAAUGACCAGAUCGUUACCUAUUGAUUUGAAGAUAAGUCAACUUCGUUUUCCAACUUGGGAAGAAUCUAUAACAGUAAACGAAGAUUUUCAAUAUUUCCUUUCGGAUGAUAACAAUGUGAUAAUAUUUUUUGAAUUACUUAGUUUUAUUUCUUUACCCAAGAAUUACAAAGGCUUUUCACAAGAUUGGUAUAAUAUUGCCUGGGCAUUUCUCAAACCAAAAGGGAAACUUGGAACUUUAAAUGUUGGGAAAAUGGUGAGAUUACAACUAUAUUUUCCCGGAAAUAUUUUUUCCACUUCUUUACCUAAAUGUCACAUUUUUGAAUGGUGGAGUUCCAAAGUAAGUAAGAAAUAUCCUUCUACAUUGUACGUUACAAUCAAGGAAAUGAAAUUACCAAGAAUGGUGAUUGAAAAAUUUAAAUCGAAAAACAUGUUACCUAUGGAUAGUAACAUAAUAACGAAUAAUAAUCAGCGACUAUUAAUAAAUGGCUAUAAAGGAGCAAAAAGAUACUGUAAUUUUCCUAAUAAAUUGCUAACAAAAUUUUACUCAUACCAGUUAGGAUGCCUGGCGAUAAAAUUCAGUAACAGUGGUCAUUAUUUAGCUUGUGGUAUGUCACAAGAAACUACGUAUUUUAUUGCUGUAUUUUCUACAGAAUCUUUUGAACAAGUGUUUAAAUUUUCCGGUCACGAAGGACUCAUUUAUGAUAUUUACUGGUCAAAAAACGACGAAUUUAUUAUAUCUGCUUCUUCAGAUUGUACCGUUUGCGUUUGGAACUUCGAAAUAAGAAAAAUCAUUCAGAUACUUCCACAUAUGUCUUUCGUCUACUGUUGUGCAAUGAUAACCGAUAAAUUCAUCAUAACCGGUGGUUACGAUAAGAUCUUAAGAAUAUGGAAAAAGUGCGGGCAUGAUGAAUUUAAACUUUGUCAAGAAAUAGAGAACCACGAGGGAUUUAUCACUUCUGUUUGUGUUACAGCUGACAGUGAAUCCAUUUAUUCGUGCGACUCAAAUGGAAAAGUUGUCGAAUGGACUUUACGUAACGAACAUCAUUGGAACGUGAAUAGAGAAAUAAUAUUAGCCGAAAUAAGAGGUACAAUAAUAAAUCAGAUUUUACUUAAUGAUAAAGAAACCAAAUUACUAAUUCAUGCUAGAGACAGCGUCCUUCGUCUUGUAGAUUUAAAAAGUCUUUGUAUUUUACAAAGGUUUACUCAAGCUUUAAACAACACCGUUCAAACGUUUUGCACUUUUUGUAAUUGUAGCAGGUAUGUGUUUUGCUCAAGUGAAAAUGGUUUCAUUCAUGUUUGGAAUGUAAACAAUGGGCAUUCGGUAGCAAAAUAUAUGCCAUAUUAUAGUGUUGGGCUUUACAAAGACGUUGAAGUACACAAUGUGCAGUUUAAUCCGAGAAAAACUCAAAUCGCUGUUGCUAGUUACAACAACGAAGUGCCGAUUUUGCUGUGCGGUUUUGAUGAGCAAUACAAAUCAUUUGAUUUAGGAUUGAAAUAUAUGCCGAAAUAAUAAUACUGACGGGUAACAGACACCUACAUAUAUUAUGUACCUAAAUACUAUAAAAUCAUGAUUAACAGAAAAAAAUGAGUAAUAGAAGAAAGGCCUUCCCAAUUGAAACUUGAAAAAAUACAGUUAGAUGUGUAGAUGUUACCGGAAAUGUAUGAAA